AUGGAGGUUUGCAAGAAAGAUGAGUGCGCGACGUUAUGGAACACCAUGGAUCUUUUCACCAACUUGCUUGACACCCACGCCAAAGUGAUGAAGGCAGAGCAGAGCCUGUCCAUCGAAACCUUUUCUGAUGCCGCGCGAUCUAUGCACACAUUGACCCAGUCAAAGGCCAUUCCAGAAUUGCGCCUGACCUUCAAUGACACUGACACUGAAGGCAAUGUUUGCAAGUGCGCAUCCUUAUUGGUCAAGCUUUUUGACAUGCCAAGCAAGAAUGACCUGCAGGUCGCUUGGAUGAAGAUCCUUUUGCGGGAGGGAAAAUUUGAUGCCGUGAAGACAAUGGAUUCCGUUUGCAAGGCCCUCUUGGAUUCCCAGGCAUCUUCUUUCCUUCGUGCUAUGACCGUGAUGCUUUCGUUGCAAGAGGGAAAGGCAGCCGAGACCCUGGAUGUUCAAACACAAGCUGGCCGCAAAGAGGCAAUCACGCAGUACGCGCAAAUUGCCACCUUCAACCUGCAAGAGAUCCCUUCCGAUGUGAAUGGAUUGGGUGAUUGCGCCAAAUUGAUCGAGACUGUGGUCAAAGCGGCAGAGGACGCAUUAGGUGUGAUCGCCGACGGAUUGUCUGCAGAGAAGGAGCAAGUUCAAGCCACAUACAAGAAAUAUCAGCCUAUCGUGCAGGGCGUGAUGGACUGGGAUGAGGCCAAGCCUUCGAUUGCUAAAUUGUGA